UGCAGUCUUCCGCGGUAACUGCCAUGCGGACAGGCAAACUCAACAAAAGCGCUGGCGCCCGAACAUGAAUUUUCCGGCCCAGACACGGUGUCCGCAAACACGCCCGCUGGGUAGAUCAGCAAGGACAGUAAUUACCAGCUAUUACGCAUGGAUUGCUCACAAAAUGUGUAAGGUCUCUGUUAUCCAUUCUUUUGUAGUGUUUUACACAGCGUCCGUGGUGCAUAAAAUCUGAUAUUCUAUUAUCUACCUAGUCUACUGCUGUACUUAGGUUCCUAGUCCAACAGAGACGAGAGGCUGUCAGUGAUUGUUAUGGCAAUGUAGACCUGCAUUGCAGUGUCGUGAAAGUCACAAACGGUGCCCCGCUCAUGCGAGAACAUGAGCAGGUACGGCAGAAGUGGACCGAGAGCGCUCUUCAGCGAAUACAGUAGAGUAGAGGGGCCGCUAGGUGCCCUAGCGCACGCGUGAGCUGUGUGCCUGCCACAGCAUGUGCUGGUAUACUGCUCGCCAAGAUGCAGCUGCCAGGAUGUUCGGCGGCGAAACGUACUGGCGCACGCGUCGGCCGCGUGCCUGCCAACAUACCAGUAUGUACCGGCCGACAAGAUGCAACUGGCAGGGCGUCCGGCGGCGAAACGUCCUGGCGCACGCGUCGGUCGCGUGCCUACCAAACUGCUGACAGCGAAGGCGUAGUGAGCGGAAACGUCGAUCGUCGCGGCUGCGAACAGGUCGCAUUUUGCGAAGAGUCUCUGCACUGGCUGAGGCAUCGGCUGCGCAUGCGAGCGAUGCUGCGACAGGUGUUUACGACACCGCUUCCAUGGACAUGGACAUCGAUCCGGCGGGUGUCGCGAUCUUGGCCGUGAGGUUCUCGACGCCAGGCGGUGUCGGUGGCGAUACGGAUGACGCCGGCGAUGUCGACGUCGAGUGUGAUGCUUCAAGGGUCGGCGGAGUUCCUGGGGAUGGAGGUGAGCGGCCACUGUUUGGGGCGCCGGUGGCACGGAGGAGUCCAUUGGCCCGGGGGGACGCGGCGUCGGCUUCGGUGGCGACGCCGAAAGCACACGACCGCUGAUAAAUGACGGUGACAUGCGGGUCAUGUUCAUGUAUGGGGUGGUCAACGGCAUGGGGGAAGGAGCUGGCGAGGGAGCAGCGUAUGUGGGAUACGCACCUGGUCCCUUGAACUCCCUCUUCACCUUGGAGGAAAGUAUGAACUCGGAGAUAGACAGCCGGUGGCCGGACGAGCCUCGCGCGGCAGGAAAUCUUGCUUUUGGUCGUUGUAAUAGAUAGAGGGCUGCGUAGGUGACGGAUUUGUGUAAACGUGCUCUGUGCAGCGUGUAGGUGGUGAAUAAAUUGAGAUGGGGCGCCGGCUGCAAUAAAGACGAUGACGGAGCACCCCUAACUCCUAGACGAGUCUUUUCGCGUACCUCCCUUUCCUCACCCGCCUCGCCAACCCUUAACGAGGCGUAUCUGCACUCACCAUCGCCUCAGAUGCCACCGCCUGUCGCCCCAUACAUUCUCUCGGAGUGGGAGAGGACCACCUAUUACAACGGUAUCUCUUCCGACCAUCCCGAGCUCCUCUACCGCUCGGAUCUCCUCGAAAAUCCCUUCCCUGUCCCCAAGGGCAGACACCCUCAUCUCCCUACCAAGACCGCCCAUGGAGUCUUCGACACGCCGCUCAACGCUGUCUGGGACACUGUCGCUCCCCAGAUCUGCGAGUUCUUGAAAGCUCGGAAGAUUCGCUACUCAGCCAUCAAUACAGCUCGUUUCGUCACCCACGACGAGGAUGGAAAGAACACUCUCGGUCCCGUCGUGAUUUGGAUUGACUGAUCCCACUACCACCACCGCCGAGGACGCACACGACGCUUCCCCAGACAUUCUCGCUCUUCUCAAGGCCAAUGGUGUCGAGGGUGCGGUGGUUGAAUGGUACGAGGGAGUCGUAGAGAAGCUGUAAGGUAGAGGUCACGACUCACCAGGAACGGGCGCCCCUUAUGUAAGCAGACGCCGGCCAACGACGACGGCCGUAAUGACGACGACGGCAUGAAGGUUUCUGGGAUUUGGCCCAGUGGGAAGUGUUGCCAGGACCUGUAGCUACAAUUCCUAUUGAGCAGAGGUUAGAAAUUCCAUCACAAAGUGAAGUUAUAACACUAUUUAUCAAAAAUGGCCCAAACGCAUGUUCUCGUCGGGCUGCGCUAUCUGGCCAAGC